AUUCUAAAUACUAUGCCUGAAGGCCUCUCUGGUUCUGUUGUCAAGCUUGUAUCCGGUGACGGUGUUGAGAUAGUCGUUGCAAAAGAGAUUGCUUGCCAAUCUAUAACGAUUAAGAACAUGUUAGAUGAUUUAGGGAGCGAACAAGGCUCACUGCCUAUACCUUUACAUAACGUCAGUGGUAAAAUUCUCGCUAAAGUAGUUGAAUGGUGUAAAUAUCACUAUGAACACCCAAUCCCUCCAGAAACAGAAGAUAAGAAGAAUGAAAGACGAACAGAUGACAUCUCAUCUUGGGACAGGACAUUUUGUGAAGUGGAGCAAGAUCUGCUAUUUGAACUCAUCAUGGCUGCAAACUUUUUAGAAAUCAAUCCGCUUUUAGAUUUGGCUAGUAAAACUGUUGCUAACAUGAUCAAGGGCAAAACACCGGAGGAAAUCAGGAAAACCUUUGGGAUCAAGAACGAUUUCACACCCGAAGAAGAAGAACAGGUCCGAAAAGAGAACGAAUGGUGUGAAGAACAUUAGUGAAGGCAGAAAAGCGGUCCACUUUUGAAGAAAAUGAGGCUGAAGGUAAUCCUUGACUUAACAAUAAUAUGCCACGAUAUGAAUGCUAUGUAUAGAUAUGUAUUCAACGCCUUUAUCUUUACAUACAAACUAAUCACACUAAUUAGUACAUUUAAGACCACACUGUACACAAGGAUCUGAUUUUUUAGAGUGCACGGUUCAUAUCAACUCGCUCAUUGAGUGUAUGACCCCACUAAAUAUACAGGGGUUUUAGAUUAUGUAAUAGGGUAAAAUAGAGAAAAAAAAAAGA